GAUCUCUCCCCCUCCAGAAGCUCGAAUUUCACCAUCCACUCCAAUUCGGCCAAGUGGCGUCUUGGCCAUCUCAAGAUAAGCCCUCCUCUCCUACCACCGGCGCCUCUUCUUCUCUUCCUCUUCCUACUCCGCAAUCACCAAUCAGGAGAGAAGUGAAGCUAGCAUUCAACAAAGGAAGAAGCGAGCGAGCUGACAAAAUCGACUGACCAUCCAUCCAUGGCUCUGGCGCCGGCGCCUCUCCAGUGCUUCCUCACGGGCAGCAGCAGACCGGUGUGCACGGCGACGCCGCCCAAGCACGCGAGGAGGCCGUCGAGGAUCUCGUGCAAGGCGUCCGGCGACGACAAGGACAAGGUCCCGUCGGGAGGGAAUGAUCUUGGGGUCAAGCUCGGGAAGCUGGCCAUGGUCGCGCUGGCCGCCGGCGUGCUGGCGCUCGGCCCCGUCGACGGCGCCUUGGCGGCCAAGUCCGGCGGCAGGGUCGGCGGGCAGGCCUUCCGGUCCGCGCCACGAUCGUCCGGCCCUCGGAUAAACAACUCCAGGACGAACAUCUACAUCAACCCGCCGGUGGCGCCGCCUCUGGGCGGAUACGGCUACGGGAGCCCGUUCUUCGGCGGCUACGGCUACGGGUGGUCGCCGUUCAGCUUCUUCGCGCCCGGGCCGAGCGUCGCCGUCGGGGUCGGCGGCGGCUUCGACACGCUCGUCCUCUUCUUGGUGCUGGGCGCCGUCGUCGGAGCUGUCAGGCGGUUUCUCAACAGGAACAACGAUGAUUACGACGACUACUGAUUAUCAAAGCUAGAUGAUGUAGCGAAUGUCAUCCUUCACCUUCAUGUGUAAUAUAUGGCGAGAUUUUUUUUUUCGUGUGGAAUCCUAGGAACAGAGUGUACUGAUGCAUCAGGAAGUGUAUGUAAUAAUUUUGUUCAGUGAAAUGUAAUGAGAAUAACAUCUAUAGUUAGGGACAGUUGCAAACAGCCAAAUACUCUAA